GCAGGGACAGGACUUUAUGCAGAUUCUCAGAGGAGAUGUCACAUAAACCUAAAUUGCUUUCAACCUAGCCAGGACUUUGCCCUGAACUCUUUGGCAGUGUCUCUCACCUAAGCGUAACCACCUGUGUGCAGCCCUCCUCCAGCACUGAUUUUCCAUGCCCAAGGGCUCUGCUCUCUCGGAGAAUGAAUCUAUGGACAUAAGGGGAAAGGCCAAGGACGAACAGUUUUUAAUUUCCUGGAAACAAGGCCGUUUAUUAACACAACUGUAUCUCUCUAACUGCACCGAACAUUCACAGCUACCUGGGACAUUAUGGCUACAUUGAGGCAACAGACUGGCCACUGAAAACACUGCUAUUGCAAAAGUCAGUCCAGCUGUUGGAUUUGCAAGCUUGUGCAUUUGAGGGCUAGCUGGCUGGCUGGCUUUACCUGGACUUUCAGCUAGCAGAAGGGGAAACUUCUCUGCUUCUGAGCUAGCCAGAAGCCCUCACCAUGGCUAACUCCUUUGGUAGCCUAAAACUCUGCCUUCUCCUCCAAGCCAUCUGCCUAUGUCUAGCGCAGCUUCAAGGUCCUCCAGGAGAGCCCGGCCCCCGGGGGCCCCCGGGUCCGCCAGGAGUGCCAGGAUCCGACGGCGCUGAUGGUGACAAAGGCCCGCCAGGCGCUGCUGGGACCCCGGGCUCCAAGGGGGAACCAGGCAUUCCAGGUCUGGACGGGACCCCGGGGAAGCCAGGCAUUGAGGGCCUGACUGGCACGAAGGGGGAACCAGGGCCACGCGGGAGGCCAGGGACUAAAGGCCAGCCUGGACUGCCCGGGCCACCGGGACUCCCCGGCCCUGGACUGUCAGGACCUCCUGGGCCUGCGGGUCAGGUUGGACUUCCUGGGCAAAUCGGAGCCUUGGGCCCCAAGGGCAAACCUGGACCUGAUGGACCACGAGGCCCCCCAGGUCCCCCUGGGAAACCUGGCCCCCCAGGACACAUCCAAGUGGGGGAAGGCAGUGCUGAUUUCUCGUGUCCAACCAACUGCCCACCAGGGCCCAAAGGUCCUCAGGGACUUCAGGGACUGAAGGGACACAGAGGCCGUCCCGGUGCCCUCGGGGAAUCUGGCAGACAGGGCAGGCCGGGCCCCCCGGGCGACAUGGGCAUUUCCGGAGAACAAGGCAUCCCCGGCCCUCCAGGUCCUCAGGGCCUGAGAGGUUACCCUGGCAUGACGGGACCAAAGGGCCAGACGGGUCCCCAGGGCUAUAAGGGAAUGGUUGGGACUAUUGGAGCUGCUGGCAUGCCGGGUGAGGAAGGCCCUAAGGGGCCACCUGGUAGAGCUGGUGAGAAGGGAGACAUCGGUGCCCGUGGUUUCAGGGGUGCCCAGGGAGCAAUGGGCCCCAAAGGGGAUAAUGGACCCCCUGGCAUUGAUGGUAAAGACGGAACCCCCGGCAUCCCUGGCGCGAAGGGGAGCGCAGGGCAGCCCGGCCGCCCCGGGUCAUCGGGCCACCGAGGAUUAGCCGGUUUGCCAGGCCAGCCUGGGGCCAAAGGCGGCCCAGGAGUUAAGGGCGAACCAGGUGCCCGUGGCCUUCCAGGAAUCACUGGAGCCCCUGGAAAAAUGGGUGAACUUGGACCUCCAGGUGAGCCAGGGCCACAAGGUGUCCCCGGGAUGAAGGGCGAUCGGGGAGAGCGGGGCCCAGUGGGUCCCCAAGGCCUCCAGGGGAAAGUGGGAUCGAAAGGCGAGCAAGGUCCUCCAGGGAUCCCGGGGCCACAGGGCCUGCCAGGUGUCAAAGGAGACAAGGGCUCCCCAGGAAAAAUUGGAGCCAAAGGUGACAUCGGAGACCCUGGCGUGGAAGGCCUUCCCGGGGAGAAGGGGGAGAAGGGGGAGUCAGGCGAGCCAGGACCAAAGGGUCAGCAAGGUGUCCACGGUGAGCCUGGCUUUACUGGCCCCACUGGAGAUGCAGGGUCACCUGGUGUGAGAGGUUACCCAGGACCCUCAGGGCCUCGAGGGCUCAAUGGAGAGCGCGGUGUGCCAGGAAUGCCCGGGCAGCAGGGCGUGCCGGGCCGGGAUGCCGGGGACCAGCAUAUUGUUGACGUGGUCUUGAAGAUGCUGCAAGAGCAGCUGGCAGAGCUGGCAGUGAGUGCCAAGAGAGCAGCACUGGGAGAAGCAGGCAUGAUGGGGCCGCCCGGCCCCCCAGGGCCCCCUGGAUCACCUGGUGAACAAGGCCCGCAUGGACAUGCUGGACCGCGUGGCAUCCCAGGCAUUGUAGGAGCCCCGGGGCAGAUCGGCAAUACUGGACCCAAAGGGAAACGAGGGGAGAAAGGCGAGCGUGGUGAAGUCGGGCGUGGACAUCAGGGUAUGCCGGGACCACCAGGUAUCCCAGGUCUCCCUGGCAUUCCUGGACAUGCCAUCAAUGGCAAAGAUGGAGAGCGAGGGUCCCCUGGAGUCCCUGGAGAAGAAGGCCGACCUGGUUUACCUGGGCCUGCUGGUCUUCCUGGAUUCUGCGAGCUGGCAACCUGCUUAGGAGCCUCUGCAUUCACCUCAGGGCGCCUGACUGAACCAGGCACUAUCAAGGGACCUUCGUAUUGAGUGACCUGUGCCAGCAUCCUUGGGGAAAAUUAAAACGGGAACUUUUAUAGACCAAGCCAGCAAUGCACCAUCAAGACAUGGCCAGGCCGAGGCUGGGAACCAAAGAAAUGGGGAACUCCAAACACAUGAAAACAAGAUAGAUGAUACGCCUUAAUGCUUGGGUAUCAAAACCAUCCACGCUCUUGUGGUACGAAGAUGGCACUUGGCCAACCUGAGAAAACCCAAACAAAGGGAAUAAAAGGCACCAAUGGGGAUUUAGUUAUAUAUAUAAUACAAAUGCUCAGAGACCUUGGAUUGUGGCAGGGGAAAGAUCCAGAGGAACAAAAAGAGUGGGGGUGAAGGGGUAGUUUACUCCAAUAUUUUGUACUUAGUGUUAGGGUCCAUUAAUUACCUCCUUCUGAUUUUCCCCACUUUCCACACCCUUCUAAAGUAAAUAAAUUGCCUUUUAUUAAUAUUCUCUUAUUCUUUGAUGCUCUAUUCGGAGGGGAGGAGGGUUUAUUGUUGUGUGUGCCCUUUUUGGUGCUAUUUUUAAGAGACAAAAUAAUUGUGGUUUAAUAUUUAAAUAAUCACCAGAUCAAUGUUGGGCGUGCCCUGAGCUGUAAAUCUUUGUAAAAUAGGAUUGUUUUUAUAAAUAAGAAUGAAUAAAAAAGACCAACUUUUUAAAAACAAAUGGACAAUAAAAUCAAGAUGGAAUGUUAGUGAACUUAA